ACCAUAGAGUUCAGUUCCUAGCUUGGCCUCCGCUCGCCACUUCCGUCCCGCCACCUGACACAGCGCCUGCGCCCUGCGUUCCUUCCUUUCUGGGCUCGGGCCUGGUUCGUGGAGACAUGGCUAAACGCACCAAGAAGGUCGGGAUCGUCGGUAAAUACGGGACCCGCUAUGGUGCCUCCCUCCGGAAAAUGGUGAAGAAGAUAGAAAUCAGCCAGCACGCCAAGUACACUUGCUCCUUCUGUGGCAAAACCAAGAUGAAGAGACGAGCUGUGGGGAUCUGGCACUGUGGUUCCUGCAUGAAAACAGUAGCUGGUGGUGCCUGGACCUACAACACCACUUCUGCUGUUACAGUAAAGUCUGCAAUUAGAAGACUGAAGGAACUGAAAGACCAAUAGAAGCUCUAACCUUUUCAGACAACACAAGUUACUAAUAAAUGGGUUAAUUUAUGUAACA